AUGUCGACCUCGAUCCCGAUCUACGCCAACUUGCUCCCGCCUUCCUGGAAGACCAAGAUCGCGGAAUGGCUCAAGGAGGACUGCCCUUCUUUCGACUGGGGAGGAUUCGUUGUGGGAGAGGACAACAAGCGAGCCACGCUGUUCUGCAAGAGCGAAGGCAUCCUCGCCGGAGUGCCCUUCUUCGAUGAAGUGUUCAAGCAGCUCGACUGCCGGGUCACCUGGAACUACAAGGAGGGUGAGUGGUUGAAGUCGACCACAGCAGGAGGAAAAGUCAAGAUCGCAGUGGCCACCGUGGAAGGUCCCUCGCGCAAGAUCCUGUUGGGCGAGAGGGUGGCGCUGAACACGUUGGCUAGGUGUUCUGGAAUUGCUACUGCGUCGGGCAAGUUCUUGCAGAAGGCGAGGCAGGCUGGCUACGAGGGCAUCGUGGCGGGUACGAGAAAGACGACUCCGGGAUUCCGAGAUGUGGAGAAGUACGGCAUGCUCGUCGGCGGCGUCGACAUGCACAGGUACGAUCUGAGCAGCAUGGUCAUGCUGAAGGACAACCAUAUCUGGUCGACGGGCUCGGUGACCAACGCGGUGCACGCGGCAAGGUCGGUGUGUGGCUUUUCGCUGCGCAUUGAUGUCGAAGUGCAGAGCUACGACGAAGCGGUUGAAGCAAUCCAGGCCGGCGCGGACGUGGUCAUGCUCGAUAACAUGGACGGCGAGAUGCUCAUCAGUAACGCGAAGCGCUUGAAGGACGAGUUCGCAAGAAAGCACAAGUUUUUGCUCGAGAGCAGCGGAGGAAUCGAUAUUGACAACGUCGAGCAGGGCGGUCACGUUGAUAACUCCAUUGAUAUCAUCUCGACGAGUUCGAUCCAUCAGUCGACGAAGCACGUGGAUUUCUCGCUCAAGAUUGAUCCCUCCUCGUAG